CGUCGCGUCGGCUUUGUUCGUUCCAGGUUUGUGGCUCCGUAACUGCCGUCCAUCACUCCAUUCGCCAUGCCCGUCACCCUGUACAGCAUAAUCGGCAGUCCGCCCUGCGCCUUCGUCCGUUCUGUGGCCAAGAAGGUCGGCGCAGAGCUCGAGCUCAAGAACCUUGAUUUUUUCAAGAAGGAGCAUCUGACACCAGAAUACCUUAAGAUAAACCCGUUCCACAAGGUACCGACGCUUGAUGAUUCGGGAUUUAUCGUUUACGAAAGCAACGCCAUAGCUUACUACUUGCUGCGUAAGUACGCCCCCAAGUCAGAACUGUAUCCAGAGUGCGUGAAGCACCGCACUCGCAUCGACCAGGUCCUUGCCACGGUUGCCUGCACAAUCCAACCUCACAAGAUGACCUUUUUCCGACCCCUUAUGAGUGAAAAGAGAAAGCCAACCAGCGAGGAAGUGACGUUUUUCGAAGAAAAUGUGCUCAAAAGUUUCGAGCACCUCAUAGGUGACAAAAAGUUUGCGGUUGGCGACCAGUUGACACUUGCUGAUCUUUGUCUGUUCUCAAGCAUGGUUGGAAUAUUCGAGAUGCGUUUCGUUGACAAGGCCAAGUUUCCGAAGUUGCGCGAUUACUACGAGCGCGUUUUGCCCGACAUUUCUGGCUACGACGAGAUCUACAAGCCAGUUCUCGCCGCCAUGCAAGAGCGCUGGCUCAACUUGAAGUGAGCCACGAUGUCUAGAAAACCGUGCGAAUGAAUCUUCGGCAAAGUUGACUGUAAUAAAAUGUGAAACACGUUGUGCUUAGAAAAAAAAGCAAAGAAAAAAUAAUACUGAUAA